AUGUUUCAGCCUCCUCAAAGAUAUCUCUGCCCUGUUCACAGUAAAGAUAUUGAGCUCAUUUGCAAGACAUGUCGACAGUCGGCCUGUGUUGUUUGCUUGGUCGCCACACACAACAGACAUGAUAUGAUGCUAGCCUCCGAGAGGGUUGAAGCCAACAAACGAGUUCUGAGUAAGAUGAUAGCGUCCAAUGAUGAGAAAAUAAAGGAACUCGACGUGAACAUAAUGAAGAUUCAGGAAGAAAUUACUAAAGAGGUUGUUAAAGAAAUUAAAAAUUAUUUAAUGAGAGCAGUGGAUGAUUUUCUGACCAGCAAGCUUCAUCCAUAUUUGAAACCAUUCCAGCAACUGCGGGACAAUCUAACAGAUUAUAAACACAAAUUAGAGGAUGUCAAAUACUUAACUGAUAAUGAGGUCGUGGAAGAUGAAGUCCUGGUUGAUUUCAAAAUAACGAAAAAAUUUGAGUAUCCAAUUUAUCAAGUAGACUACCAGAAGAUGCAAGACAACUUUCGGCUGUUUCCACAAAUUUUUCAAAACUCAAUUAAGAAGAUUUGUGUUGGACGUGACUUCGUUACUCUGGUUAAAGAAAUCAAAUGUGGAGUGCCUGUGACGUGUUUCACUAUCUCAAACGACAAACUUUACAUUUUUUCAGGAAACGAGUUUAUCACAAAAGACCUCCUUAAUCCCGAAGAAGUUUCAACUGAAAAUAUCGGUGACGGCUUUCUAAAUCUAGGAGACAUUUUGAGUUGUGAUGAUAACUUUUAUUAUUAUUACGACGAUAUGAUUCAAAACAUUUUUAAGGAAAAGAUUUACAGUCCUAUUGCAGAUUUGAGUAGUAGAAUGAAAGUAAAUGGUCUAGAAUUCCUAGAAAUAAGAAACAUAAAUUGCUUCUCUCUAGCCGGGAAAAAUAUUUUGGCUGCUAGUAACGGCGCACUUUACGAAAUUGAAAGUAACUCUUUGCAAGAAUCAAGCAUUUUUAAAAGUUUUAUUGAUAUGAACACGUAUAUCUUUCAAGUUUUAAAGAUGAACUGUGAAAAACUUGUGAUAGCCUCAGAGAGCGGUCUUGGUUUAUUCAUAUGUAACAACCUUUAUAAAAACACACCAAAUGGUUUUGAUUUAGAUUUGGGACAGGGUGCACAACAAACUCUUACUUGGCAAGAACUUUUCCGUGUUUCAGGCGUGUAUAUUUUCCGAACACGUGAUGGCUUUUCAGACCAAUAUACCGGAAUGACAAAAGCUUACUUGUCUCAUGACAUUUACGACAACAUAUACGUCAUCAGUGAUUGCCUUCAAAGUGAAAUUUUAAUUCUUGAUAAAAAUCUAAAAUAUUUUUUGAAAAUACAAACAUUUGAUAAUCCCAAAAAGACCCUAAUAACUAGCCAAAACAUACUGUACGUUAGUUAUGUCGGCGGUAACUUUAUCGCCGUAUACAAAAUCAAAGGAACUGAAACUGAAGAAUCGCUGUGCUUAGAAACCGAAAAUGAAGAAGCCGAGGCGUAA